AUUUAAUAAAGUUAUAUUUUCAAGUAAAAAUUUUGAAUUUUCCUUCUUAUUUAAAAUACGCAAUUACUUAGUUGCCAACCCAAUAAUUUGUACAACAGUAUUUUCUCGUUGUGGACAUACGUGAUUAUGUACAGUCAUAUAUAUAUAUCAUAAAUUUUAUAUACGAUCUUUUUUUUUUCCAGGGAUGUUUCUAUACUAUGAUUUUAAUAUUUAGGAGCGUGAUAUUAUCAAGUGUAACAGUUUAAAAAUAUUUAUAAAAUAUUAUAUCAAAACGUUUAUAAAAUCCAGAUAAAAUCGAUGUUUCAAAAGAUUGAUUUAAUGUUUCUUGUUUGCUGGGAUAGCUCUCGUGGUGCGGGUUUGUCAACUUUAUUAAAGAAAAAAGAAUUAAGCACGGAAACAUCUCAACAUACGCAAUCUAAAGCUGAUCGUGAGAAAAUUCUCACGAUUUAUUUGUAAUUCUAAUAUUUGGUUGAUUAUAUUAAUAUAUACUCACGAAUUUUGAAACAAGUUUAAACAGUGAAAAGGGAUUAAGUAAGCAAUAAAUUUAACGUCACGUACUUGUGAACUUACGUAUGCAAACAUAACGUUCCCGUACGAUGAGAGAGAACUCGACACAGUUCUUAACGAUAUUAUUCCGAGAUCAUUUCGCGGUCAAAGGUCGCGCACGUCACUCUUAUCGAGAUUGUUGUAACAUGUUUGUACUACAAGCGAGCAAUGUGCCGCGUGCGAUAAAAUUUCUGUCUUGACGCUGCUUUAUCUGAAUUCUUUCACCGGUUCGAGAAAACAUCUUUACAAGCUGCGGUAGCCAAUCGAUGCAAGACGCGCCACGAGUAUGAGAUUAAUCCAAUUAAAAAUUUAUUUCUUCCAAGUUAUGCUCUAUUCGUGGCGUGUUCAAUCGAUUGGAAUAUAUUCUUAUAUUCCAUGCACAAAAAAAAUAUUUCAACUCUGAUGAGAAACGAAAUAUUUCGUUGAGAAUAAUAACAACAAAAUUCGACUUCCUCUCUGAGAAUCGUGAGAAGUAAAUUAUAAAAAAUUAAAAAGGCACAUUUUCGGGCCUGAAUUGUAUCGAAAACAAUGCAUAUCGAUAUCAUUGAUUGACGCAAAUCCGCGAAGUUCGUCCGCUAGAUUAUAUUUUGUUUGGACGACGUUCGCAUCCUCCGGAUUAUACGCGGUCGCAGCGAGACGAGCAAUGAUUAAAACAAUAGCCCGACGUGAUAAUACGGAAGUAUUGUCCUCGAAGUAAUAAUCGCGCGGACGAGGAAGUGGCAGAGACGAGUUGCCCAAGUGUGAGUGUGUCAUGUUCGCCGCCGUGAACGGCAGACUCACGAGCCGGCUCUUCUGGUCGCACGGACUGGCGCCCAUUCGCGAAACGAGGUUGGCAUUGAGAACGCAAAAGCCCACGAGACCGUCGCCCGAGGAAAAUGCGGCGAUUGUUGCCGAACGCGCGGAAACCAAAGAGUGCAAAACGCCACCGAAAGAUUUGAAGAUUGGAUCGAGACUUCAGACCGUUCGGGUUUAUCGAUGGAACCCGGAAAAGCCGAAGGUGAAGCCGUACAUGCAACAGUUCGUCGUGGAUCUGAACAAGUGCGGCACGAUGGUGUUGGACGUGUUGGCGUUGAUCAAAGCGGAACACGAUCCAACGUUGUCCUUCCGCCGGUCUUGUCGCGAGGGCAUCUGCGGCUGCUGCUCGAUGAACAUAAACGGCGUCAAUACCUUGGCUUGUGUAACAAAAAUAAAGGAAUCCUCGAAACCGCUGGUGGUUUACCCUCUGCCGCACGCCUACGUGAUUCGAGACCUGAUACCGGACUUGGGGCAGUACUUCGAGCAAUUUCGAGAAAUCGAUCCGUAUCUGAAGCGGCCGGGCGAGGACAAUUUCCUCGGUAUGCGGCAGGUGCUGCAAAGCACGCGAGACAGGAGGAAGCUCGACGGUUUGUACGAAUGCAUAAUGUGCGCAUGCUGCACGUACUCGUGUCCUCCUUACUGGUGGCUCGGCGACAAGUAUCUGGGACCGUCGGUUCUUCUGCAGGCGUACAGGUGGGUGAUAGAUUCGCGGGACUUGGCGCAUAAAGAGAGGCUGGCGAAGCUACGGGACUUUUACUCGGUUUACCGAUGCCGCUCGAUCUUCAAUUGCACGAAAACCUGCCCGAAGGGCCUAAAUCCGGGAAAAGCGAUAGCGCAGCUGAAACGAUUGCUGGCUGGACUUACGGAGAAAGAGAAACCGGACAUCGAGACGCCGAUCCCAAACCCCUGCCAAGGUGAGGAACAGUAUCCGUGUAAGAAGAAUUGAAAAGGUGUGAUACGAUUCGUUAAACCGGAGGGGUUUUUUUUUCUAUGUCUUCCUCUUUAUUGUAUGCUAUUGUCUAUCACUUUGAGCAAAGAGCUUUGCACUUACAAUAACAAUAAACUCAUCUUGUCACUAUAUGUAUAAAAGCUCGUAAAAGCCGUAGUCCGUAGCGCGAUAUACGGUGUAGUUGUGUAUACUAAGAUAAAUUAUAAUACUCUCAUAGUCUCCGUACGCACCCUCGUUGCGCUCAACUCGACACAAACCGUGAUUUCUUAAUCGUACUUUGCUUUACUUCUCUGAAGAUCGCAAAUAAAAAAUUACAGUAAAUAAAUCUGUGGUCGCGGAGCUUUCUAAUUUUCACACAAACGCGUUGUAUAUCAUCUUAUAUACAAAGUGAGUCCCGAGCAAGAAAUCUAUAAAUUUCUAUUUUCCAAGUCAAAAUGAAGUAUUAGUCAG